AUGAUCACGGUUGCGUACAGCGAAGCUACUACGGUCGUUUUAGAUAGUUUACGUUUGGGCAAUCCAGAUAUUGCAAAAGAUGCAAAAUGUCACAAGGUUGUUUUCACACCAGUCACUAUAUUCUAUUAUCAAAAACGCCAAGUCGAUGCAACAGGGAACUCUAGUGAAAACUCUACUCAAGGUGUACAGGCGAGUUCAGAAAUACAACUCGUGUCACCCAAUGCAACAGAACUUAAUCAGACGGAAUUCAACAACAUUCUCGUUACAGGGUACAGUCAAGUGAAUUCAAGCAGUGAAUUGCAGUUAUCCAAUGUAGAAACUAACGUUGUUAUACCCGACUCCACAACAAUAGUCCAACUCACAAAGACCAGUAUACAAACUCAGUUUGAAGAGUUCACUACCAACCAACACGUCAUCAGCACUGAAUCACAAAUCUCAACAGAAUUAUACAAGUUCUCGUCAUUAGGUGUCCAUUCCGAUUCCACAUCCAUUCCACCAGUCACCGACAUCACUCAGUCAACUCAGUCUGACCAAACCACAUCCACCUCACACUUGAUCGACACCACGCCAACAAUCUCCACUACAGCAUUCCAGUCGACAGAAUCAACAACACUGCAAACACCAGUCUCAACUCCAGUGUCAGUGUCAGUGUCAGUGUCAACAUCACAGCACACACCAGAGUCCACAUCACAGCCAUCACCACAGUCUACACUAAUGCAAACAGUCAUCUUUAAUGAAACUACAAUAUCUACCGAAAUGUCAACAAGUAAAUCCACUGAAAAUAAACUAGAUAUUUCAUCAGUAACAACAUCAACUCCAAGAUUUAUGUCAGUCGUUACCAGUCCAGAAUAUAAUUUCAUUAGUGAUGGUAUAUCUUUUGAAGCUUUUGAAAAUACUCUACCUCCAUUAUUUGAUAAACUUACGAUAGGACAAAUCGAGGCAUUAAUCUACAAAGCGAAAUCAUGGGAUUUAAUGGAAUGGUCAGAUAAUUUAAGUAUACCUACAAGUGCACUUUAUUUAAAUUUAUCAUCACAAAUUCAAUAUCUGGUUACUAAAAGUGUACAAUUAGCGAAUGUUCAAAUUUCAUUCUCGUUCAAAAUUCUGAACGUCACGUUCGAAAAAUACAUGAUUCAACUUGGAUUCAUGGAAAACUUUCGAAUGAUCGACUGUAUCCUCAUGAAAAUGACGGUGGAAAUGAGAUCAUUGGAAGCUUCACUAUUAUCCGAUAAGGAAUUAACGCAGAUUUUCAUUGAAGGAUGGAAAAAGUUGAAUGUUACGAGUGGACCAAAUUUGGUUGACAUUGAGUUCACUCCAAUCUUUAGAGUUCAAGGAACACUUUAUACUGGUAACAAUUCAGAUCUAUAUCUUUGGUCAUCAGAUUUAGCAAAUUCAUCAACAAUAGAAUAUAUAACACUAAAAAUGAAACUUUGUACUUUUAUUAUUGACAGUUUAAAUGGAAGUUAUUCUUCUAUAAUUAAAAAUGCAAAAUGUUCUAAUGUAAUCUUCAUCCCAAUAAAUGUGAAUAAUUUACAAAUAAGACAAAUUAAUAAUACAAAUCUCAUUCAAGGUGUUCAAGGAAUUGCUGAUAUUGAAUUAUUAUUUAUUAAUACUACAAAUAUAAAUGAAAGUCUAUUUAUUACUGCUUUAAUAUAUCAUGGAAUGAAUAUGAGUAGGACUUUUAAUAUCUAUUUAUUGAACAUUGAAGUUAAUCAACUUACGAUAGGACAAAUUGAGGCAUUAAUCUACAAAGUAGAAUCAAGGGAUUUAAUGGAAUGGUCAGAUAAUUUAAGUAUACCUACAAGUGCACUUUAUUUAAAUUUAUCAUCACAAAUUCAAUAUCUGGUUACUAAAAGUGUACAAUUAGCGAAUGUUCAAAUUUCAUUCUCGUUCAAAAUUCUGAACGUCACGUUCCAAAAAGUCAUAGUUCAAAUUGAAACUGUCUACAGAUUUAAUAAUACGGAAAAAUACGAAUAUCGAUUAAUCAACAGUAUCUUCAUGAAAAUGACGGUGGAAAUGAGAUCAUUGGAAGCUUCACUAUUAUCCGAUAAGGAAUUAACGCAGAUUUUCAUUGAAGGAUGGAAAAAGUUGAAUGUUACGGGUGGACCAAAUUUGGUUGACAUUGAGUUCACUCAAACCUCUAGUUCAACAACACUGACUACACAAAGAUCUACUUCAUCUGAAUAUAAAGAACUAACCACACAAUCUAAAAUAACUUUACCUGCUUCAACAAUUCCAGUAGUUCAUAAUCGAACUGAUGAUCAAUUUACACGAAUACACUCUACAACUACUUCAAAACCACAAAUUGAUUAUCCAAUUCUAUGUCAAAUCAGUGGGAUAAUUUAUUUUUCAAAAUCAUUUCAACCAAUAGAAUGGUUAGAUGAUUUAAUUAAUAAUUCAAGUGAAAUUUAUCAGAAUUUCUCAUUAGAUAUACAAAAUCAAAUCAACAAUGUAAUGGAAAUAUUAGAUUUACAAUUUGCUUUAUCUCUCAAGAUUCUUAACAUUAAAUUCACUAAAGUUCCUAUAACAAUGCAAAGUAUGCAUGAUAAUAGUAAUAAUAAUAGUAAUAAUAAUAAUAAUACCACUAAUCUUCGAAAUUCCACCGUAACCUAUAAUGUUAGUAGUCAGAUCUCAGUGACAAUUACAUUAGAAACGAAAUUACUACUACCAUUACCAAUUAUAGACAAUAGGAUGACAGAGAUUUUAAAUGAAGGAUGGAAGCACUUAACAAUCACAUCACAAUUCAUUUUAAUUGAUAUACAAUUUUCAAGUAUAUCAACUGAUCUUAGAACCACUCAAACAUUACCAAUAAUGACUAUUACAGACAAGAUGAAAAUCAAUCAAACAACUACGUUACCUAUGAUAAAACCAACAACUGGUACUACAUUAAACAAUUUAGAAGAGAUCUCCGUGUUCGAGGUGGAUAUUGUGAUCUAUAUUGGAGAACGGUCAGUGCCCAUGAAUUGGUCAACUGAUCUGUCGAAUGAGUCAAGUGUCAUGUACAGAAAUUUGUCGAUGUCGAUUUGUGACCUGCUAUUGAGCGGACUACGUCUGGGUAAUGAAGAGUUCUCUCGAGGUGCUACUUGUGUCCGUGUUGUCUUCAUUCGGUUCAUUAUCUGGAUUGACGGUGUUGGCCAAGCUCACACAGACGCGGGUGUCAAUCGUGUCUCAAUCGAAGCUGUUCGAGCAAUUGCGAGUGUGCAGUUGCAUUUGUCUCGUGGGUCACAACCAACUGAGACUGAUCUGACGGAGACUCUGGUUCGUGGAUGCACACUCCUGAAUAUCAAGAGUGGACCAAGUUUGAGAAACAUCACAGCAUAUCGUCCACGAACAAGCACUGUGACGUCGACUGACGGUCUCGGACAAACAGAAACAAGUGUGUCGACAGAAUCGAGGCAGCCGAUCAGGACCACGUCGAUGGAGACGAUGACUGCAAGAUCGACUGUGCUGAUGACCAGCCCGUCAUCAACUACUACUGGAGUUGCUUUCGAGAUCUCCGUGUUCGAGGUGGAUAUUGUGAUCUAUAUUGGAGAACGGUCAGUGCCCAUGAAUUGGUCAACUGAUCUGUCGAAUGAGUCAAGUGUCAUGUACAGAAAUUUGUCGAUGUCGAUUUGUGACCUGCUAUUGAGCGGACUACGUCUGGGUAAUGAAGAGUUCUCUCGAGGUGCUACUUGUGUCCGUGUUGUCUUCAUUCGGUUCAUUAUCUGGAUUGACGGCGUUGGCCAAGCUCACACAGACGCGGGUGUCAAUCGUGUCUCAAUCGAAGCUGUUCGAGCAAUUGCGAGUGUGCAGUUGCAUUUGUCUCGUGGGUCACAACCAACUGAGACUGAUCUGACGGAGACUCUGGUUCGUGGAUGCACACUCCUGAAUAUCAAGAGUGGACCAAGUUUGAGAAACAUCACAGCAUAUCGUCCACGAACAAGCACUGUGACGUCGACUGACGGUCUCGGACAAACAGAAACAAGUGUGUCGACAGAAUCGAGGCAGCCGAUCAGGACCACGUCGAUGGAGACGAUGACUGCAAGAUCGACUGUGCUGAUGACAAGCCCGUCAUCAACUACUACUGGAGUUGCUUUCGAGAUCUCCGUGUUCGAGGUGGAUAUUGUGAUCUAUAUUGGAGAACGGUCAGUGCCCAUGAAUUGGUCAACUGAUCUGUCGAAUGAGUCAAGUGUCAUGUACAGAAAUUUGUCGAUGUCGAUUUGUGACCUGCUAUUGAGCGGACUACGUCUGGGUAAUGAAGAGUUCUCUCGAGGUGCUACUUGUGUCCGUGUUGUCUUCAUUCGGUUCAUUAUCUGGAUUGACGGCGUUGGCCAAGCUCACACAGACGCGGGUGUCAAUCGUGUGUCAAUCGAAGCUGUUCGAGCAAUUGCGAGUGUGCAGUUGCAUUUGUCUCGUGGGUCACAACCAACUGAGACUGAUCUGACGGAGACUCUGGUUCGUGGAUGCACACUCCUGAAUAUCAAGAGUGGACCAAGUUUGAGAAACAUCACAGCAUAUCGUCCACGAACAAGCACUGUGACGUCGACUGACGGUCUCGGACAAACAGAAACAAGUGUGUCGACAGAAUCGAGGCAGCCGAUCAGGACCACGUCAAUGGAGACGAUGACUGCAAGAUCGACUGUGCUGAUGACCAGCCCGUCAUCAACUACUACUGGAGUUGCUUUCGAGAUCUCCGUGUUCGAGGUGGAUAUUGUGAUCUAUAUUGGAGAACGGUCAGUGCCCAUGAAUUGGUCAACUGAUCUGUCGAAUGAGUCAAGUGUCAUGUACAGAAAUUUGUCGAUGUCGAUUUGUGACCUGCUAUUGAGCGGACUACGUCUGGGUAAUGAAGAGUUCUCUCGAGGUGCUACUUGUGUCCGUGUUGUCUUCAUUCGGUUCAUUAUCUGGAUUGACGGCGUUGGCCAAGCUCACACAGACGCGGGUGUCAAUCGUGUGUCAAUCGAAGCUGUUCGAGCAAUUGCGAGUGUGCAGUUGCAUUUGUCUCGUGGGUCACAACCAACUGAGACUGAUCUGACGGAGACUCUGGUUCGUGGAUGCACACUCCUGAAUAUCAAGAGUGGACCAAGUUUGAGAAACAUCACAGCAUAUCGUCCACGAACAAGCACUGUGACGUCGACUGACGGUCUCGGACAAACAGAAACAAGUGUGUCGACAGAAUCGAGGCAGCCGAUCAGGACCACGUCGAUGGAGACGAUGACUGCAAGAUCGACUGUGCUGAUGACCAGCCCGUCAUCAACUACUACUGGAGUUGCUUUCGAGAUCUCCGUGUUCGAGGUGGAUAUUGUGAUCUAUAUUGGAGAACGGUCAGUGCCCAUGAAUUGGUCAACUGAUCUGUCGAAUGAGUCAAGUGUCAUGUACAGAAAUUUGUCGAUGUCGAUUUGUGACCUGCUAUUGAGCGGACUACGUCUGGGUAAUGAAGAGUUCUCUCGAGGUGCUACUUGUGUCCGUGUUGUCUUCAUUCGGUUCAUUAUCUGGAUUGACGGCGUUGGCCAAGCUCACACAGACGCGGGUGUCAAUCGUGUGUCAAUCGAAGCUGUUCGAGCAAUUGCGAGUGUGCAGUUGCAUUUGUCUCGUGGGUCACAACCAACUGAGACUGAUCUGACGGAGACUCUGGUUCGUGGAUGCACACUCCUGAAUAUCAAGAGUGGACCAAGUUUGAGAAACAUCACAGCAUAUCGUCCACGAACAAGCACUGUGACGUCGACUGACGGUCUCGGACAAACAGAAACAAGUGUGUCGACAGAAUCGAGGCAGCCGAUCAGGACCACGUCGAUGGAGACGAUGACUGGAAGAUCGACUGUGCUGAUGACCAGCCCGUCAUCAACUACUACUGGAGUUGCUUUCGAGAUCUCCGUGUUCGAGGUGGAUAUUGUGAUCUAUAUUGGAGAACGGUCAGUGCCCAUGAAUUGGUCAACUGAUCUGUCGAAUGAGUCAAGUGUCAUGUACAGAAAUUUGUCGAUGUCGAUUUGUGACCUGCUAUUGAGCGGACUACGUCUGGGUAAUGAAGAGUUCUCUCGAGGUGCUACUUGUGUCCGUGUUGUCUUCAUUCGGUUCAUUAUCUGGAUUGACGGUGUUGGCCAAGCUCACACAGACGCGGGUGUCAAUCGUGUCUCAAUCGAAGCUGUUCGAGCAAUUGCGAGUGUGCAGUUGCAUUUGUCUCGUGGGUCACAACCAACUGAGACUGAUCUGACGGAGACUCUGGUUCGUGGAUGCACACUCCUGAAUAUCAAGAGUGGACCAAGUUUGAGAAACAUCACAGCAUAUCGUCCACGAACAAGCACUGUGACGUCGACUGACGGUCUCGGACAAACAGAAACAAGUGUGUCGACAGAAUCGAGGCAGCCGAUCAGGACCACGUCGAUGGAGACGAUGACUGGAAGAUCGACUGUGCUGAUGACCAGCCCGUCAUCAACUACUACUGGAGUUGCUUUCGAGAUCUCCGUGUUCGAGGUGGAUAUUGUGAUCUAUAUUGGAGAACGGUCAGUGCCCAUGAAUUGGUCAACUGAUCUGUCGAAUGAGUCAAGUGUCAUGUACAGAAAUUUGUCGAUGUCGAUUUGUGACCUGCUAUUGAGCGGACUACGUCUGGGUAAUGAAGAGUUCUCUCGAGGUGCUAUUUGUGUCCGUGUUGUCUUCAUUCGGUUCAUUAUCUGGAUUGACGGUGUUGGCCAAGCUCACACAGACGCGGGUGUCAAUCGUGUCUCAAUCGAAGCUGUUCGAGCAAUUGCGAGUGUGCAGUUGCAUUUGUCUCGUGGGUCACAACCAACUGAGACUGAUCUGACGGAGACUCUGGUUCGUGGAUGCACACUCCUGAAUAUCAAGAGUGGACCAAGUUUGAGAAACAUCACAGCAUAUCGUCCACGAACAAGCACUGUGACGUCGACUGACGGUCUCGGACAAACAGAAACAAGUGUGUCGACAGAAUCGAGGCAGCCGAUCAGGACCACGUCGAUGGAGACGAUGACUGGAAGAUCGACUGUGCUGAUGACCAGCCCGUCAUCAACUACUACUGGAGUUGCUUUCGACACAUCGACAGGCGUUGCGACUGAGACCAGCAGUGUGGAGCACACAGACACAAGUGCGGCGUCAGAACUCAGUCGACCGAACACCACUAGCACUAGUACGAGCACGAGCACGAGCACGAGCACGAGCACGAACGUGGACACAAGCACAAGCACUAGCACCACCGCGACCACAAGCACAACAUUGACGCCGUCGAUGACGAUGACCACGGCAGCAACAUUGGCUACGAUGCGGAUGACCGAGCCGUCAUCAACUACUGCUGCAGCUACUUUCGAUUAUUCUACGCUGAAAUUGAAUGACACAUUUCCUUCUUCUUCAAUUGCUCCUGGAUCCGAAGCAGAUAUAACAACUGAGCUUUCAUCAACGACUGUUACAACAGAAUCUACUUUUAUCGGUAGAGUAUUUACACAAUUUGGUGUAAAAGGUGUUUUAUAUAAAUCAGAAAGUGAAGGAAUUAUUCCAUGGUCCGAUGAUUAUAAUAAUUAUCAAUCGAAAAUUUACAAUGAUUUAGCUACAGUAUUCUGUAAUCUGAUUAUCAGUAGUUUAUUAACUGCAAAUACACCAAUAUUUCAAGGUGCUAAAUGUACAACAGUCAUUUUUAUAAGAAUCACUAUCGUUAUUCGAGGUAAACGACAAGUUGUCAAUGGUGUAACCAACAACAACAACACUUCAACAGAUGGAGUACAAGGUAGUGCAACAAUUGAAUUACAAACAUUACCUGGUUCACAAUUGAGUCAAGAACAAUUUACUCAAUUAUUAAAUGAUGGUCAUAAUCAAUUUAAUAAAACAUCUAGUGUAUUUUUAAAUAAUUUAGAGUCAACACGUAUUUCUUCAGUAAUUACUUGUUCAAAUACUCAAUUAGUUUGUGGUCAACAUGCAUCAUGUCGAAAUACUGAUAAUGGUGUAACAUGUACAUGUGAUCCAAUGUGGAAAGAUGUGAAUCCAUCUGAUCCUGGAAAGAAUUGUACAUUACAUCCUGGAACAAUUGCAUUAAUUGUAUUCGCUGGAAUAUUACUUAUCCUAGCUAUAAUUGCUAUUAUCUUCUUUGUUAUUAAAACAAAUGAAGUGAAAAAGAUGAAAUUAAAAACAAAUACACAAUCAACUUAA